UUGCUAUGCAAUGUCUGGCUUUCUCAGUGUGCCUUUUGCGUAACAUCACUUGACGCCCGGGCAGAACAUUCAACAUCUGUUUGAAUGCUUGAUGGCGCCAAAGGUCACAUGACUGCGUGUUUCCAUGCACAUGUGGAUUUGGGAGUCUUGACUGGCGAUUGAAGCGUGAUGCAAGUUCCCAAUACCAUAAUCUUUCUCUCGUAGCGAUAUUUGAAGUUAGCGACGGUGCAAUAAUUAUCGGCUAUUGAUUGAAUGUUUAAUUGCACGAAUGGACGGCAGUAUUAAACAUCAAUUAAUGGCUCUUGUUCGAUGCAUUGAGAACGCACGGACCCUGCCCGAAAUUCUUCCAACUGGCCGACCUCCGCCUUCUCCAUCCUCACAACAUCAGCCAUCUCGCAGUGGCUGCUAUUCUAGCCAUGCCGCCAUCCUGUCAAUUGCUCUCUGGGAGCCUCCCUACGGCUCGCGUGGCCUUCUCUUUAUCUCAAACUACACAGCGCGGAUUCUCUUCGUCGUCAACGCUCUACAAGAACCCCCUCGCUCGAAGACGCGGCGGUGAUCUCGGAAAACACGAACCCAAAUACAUUAUCCCGCAAGAUGCGAAGAUACCCGAAUACCCCUACGGACCCAACCUGUUAUUCAAGCAAUCGAACAAGGGCUUGUAUGGUGGCCAGAUGAUACAGUUUGGAAACAACAUUUCGAGGAAGACGAAAACCACAACACGCCGUUUCUGGAAGCCCAACGUACUCUCCAAGGGUCUCUACUCUGUUGCCCUGAAGAAGAGGGUCAAUCUACGUGUUACUUCUAAAACACUGAGAGUCAUCGAUAAUGAGGGUGGGCUGGACAACUACUUGCUGAAGCCUUCGGACAGCCGCAUCAAGGAGCUUGGUCCGUUGGGCUGGGCAUUGCGCUGGACAUUAAUGCAGAAACCCGAGAUCAUUGAAAGGAUGCGCGGUGAAGCUGCAGCUCUGGGAAUACCACAAGAGCAGAUUGAUCAGCACUGGCCAACACCAACCCGUUCUCUUGCCGACCGGGAAGCAUCCGAACAGUCUGUUCUCACCUCCAUCGAGCGAGCUGCCGGGCUUCCAAUGCGACGUCCUGAAAAUGAAAAGGAGAUAACGGAGGCGGCAGAGAAGGAUUAUCUGAUGGCUAUGACCGCCGCCAAGCGAUACAAAGAGAGAGGUUUAGUCGACUCCCUCAACGAGGCUGUCCGGUUGGCUUUCAUUCGGGAAAACACGCGAGCAAUACACCGACAGAAAAAUCUGGAGGCUGCCCAGGAGGCGAAGAGGGAGCACCCAGGAAUCUUGGCGGAAAGAAGGGCGACUAACAAAGCAAAACGCGAGGAAUGGAUCAAGUCUUUGGGUGGACAAGACGCAUACACCAAGAUGAGAAAAGAACAGACAGCUCAGACUUUGCAACAAGCCUUCAAUGCGAUGACUGAUGAGACCAUGCCCGAACUGGAGCGCACGUACUACACAAACGCCAUCGAGAAGGCCAGGCGUGCGACGGAGGCUGGAUCUGUCGAAGCCUACGCCGAAGCCACUGUGAUCGCAGCAAUGACGGAACAAGCUGAGGCGGAUGAAUCUUCUUCCUUGGCAUGGGCUGCUAUUGCCGACCAGGCCGCGAACCCUAGCACCGAGACGAGACCAUCUGCGUAG